AUGUACACCACGUACCGGGCGUUUCUGGUAGCGGAAGCCUUCACUUGCCAGGAGCCGUGCUUUUUGGAAAGCGAGGAGUGGCGGACGAUGAAUCGGGAGGCGUUACUGGCGGAGGAACGCGACGGGAAGGGCAGCCGACUGGGUGAGAUCACCGAGAAUGCGUUCGAGGAGGUGUUACUCUGUCCGGGGUACCUGGUGCGCACCCGUGAUAUGAUUGCUGGGAACGCAUCCGAAUCGUCGAGGGAGUCCCUCACCGCGGAGAUUCGUUGCAGUCGAGACCUCUUGCGGGGUUUGCAACGGCGGUUGGCUGCGCUGUUGGAGCUUCAGAUGAACACUCAGCUGGUGCAGAAGAGAAGUCCUCUGGAUGGGUCUAUCCCGAAGCAGUUCGUGCACACCAUUGCGCAUCGAUCGUUGCGAGCUCGUCAUUUGGACCAGGUCGCCGGCUCUGUGCAUGGUUAUGUCGACCAGGAUCCGACUUCUUAUUUUCUCACCGAGUGA